AUGUGGGUCAUCCAGGACCUAUACGCUUGCACUGUCAUCCUGUUAAUGCUAUUAAAGCUGUCAGUUGCACAGUAUGAGCAUCUCGGCUACCCACCGGGUUACCCAUAUCCAGAACAGGAAGAGUACACAGCCCCACAGCUGACUCCAGACACGCCCAGGAUUCAGCUCCGACUGGCAGGGCAAAAGAGGAAACACAACGAGGGCCGUGUGGAGGUUUUCUACAACAACGAGUGGGGCACCGUCUGCGAUGAUGACUUCAACAUCCAUGCUGCCCAGGUGGUGUGCAGGGAGCUGGGCUACGUGGAAGCUGUCUCAUGGUCGCCAUCUUCGAAAUAUGGGAAAGGAGAAGGACCCAUCUGGUUUGACAAUCUCCACUGCACUGGCAAAGAGAAGACUUUAGCACAGUGUCCGUCCAAUGGGAUCGGCGUGUCAGACUGCAAACACAGUGAAGACGUAGGCGUGUUGUGCAGCGACAAGAGGAUUCCUGGAUUUAAAUUUUUCAACGCACUGCCCAACCACGUGGAGAAUCUUGAUAUUCAAGUAGAGGAUGUGCACAUUCGAGCCAUUCUGUCAUCGUACCGUAAGCGGAUCCCUGUGACAGAAGGCUACGUGGAGGUCAAAGACGGCGGCAAAUGGAAGCAGAUCUGUAACACAGAGUGGACCCGCUUUAACAGCAGAGUCAUCUGUGGCAUGUUUGGCUUCCCCGGGGAGAGGAAGUACAAUGCCAGAGUCUACAAGAUGUUUGCUCGCAGGAGAAAGCCCACAUACUGGGACUUCUCUGUCAACUGCACUGGCAAUGAAGCUCAUUUGUCCAGCUGUAAACUGGGCCAGUCUUUACUGCAGAAGUCCAAUGGGACCUGCCCCGGAGGAUUGCCUGUGGUGGUGAGCUGUGUGCCUGGUAGAGCCUUUGCCCCGACACCCAUGAUAGGAUUUAGGAAGGCCUUCCGACAAGAGCAACCAUUGGUUCGUCUGCGUGGUGGGGCCAUCGUAGGCGAGGGCCGAGUGGAGGUGUUGAAAAAUGGAGAGUGGGGCACCAUAUGUGAUGACAACUGGAACCUGCUGUCUGCCACGGUGGUGUGUCGAGAGCUGGGCUUCGGUACAGCAAAGGAGGCUCUGUCUGGAGGUCGGCUGGGACAAGGCAUGGGCCCAGUGCAUAUGAAUGAGGUGGAGUGUUCAGGAUUUGAGAAGUCCAUAACUGAGUGUUACUUCAAUAAGGAGGCCCUGGGUUGCAGCCAUGAGGAGGAUGCAGCCGUCAGUUGUAACGUCCCUGAAAUGGGCUUUCAGGAGAGGCUGCGUCUGAAUGGAGGUCGUAACCCCUAUGAAGGCCGUGUGGAGGUGCUGGUGGAGAGAAACGGCUCUCUGGUGUGGGGGACGGUGUGCAGCGAGGGCUGGGGAACCAUGGAGGCCAUGGUAGUCUGUAGACAGCUGGGCCUGGGCUUUGCCAGCAAUGCUUUCCAGGAGACAUGGUACUGGCCGGGUGAGGUGAGCGCUGAUGCUGUGGUGAUGAGUGGCGUCCGCUGCUCUGGAACUGAGAUGUCUCUGUCCCACUGCCUACACCAUGGAGCCCACCUCAGCUGCCCCAAAGGAGGCGGUCGUCAUGCUGCCGGGGUCUCCUGUUCUGAGACGGCUCCAGACCUGGUGCUGAACCCUCAGGUGGUGGAGCAGACCACCUACAUGGAGGACCGGCCCAUGUUCAUGCUGCAGUGUGCAUACGAGGAGAACUGCCUGUCCUCCACAUCCAGCCAGGUGCCUGCCAACUCCUACCGCCGCCUGCUGCGCUUCUCCUCACAGAUCCACAACAACGGCCAGUCUGACUUCCGACCCAAAGCUGACAAGCACGCAUGGGUGUGGCACGACUGUCACAGGCAUUAUCACAGCAUGGAGGUAUUCACCAUCUAUGACCUGUUCAGCCUCAACGGAACAAAAGUGGCUGAAGGACACAAAGCAAGUUUCUGCCUGGAGGACUCAGAGUGUGAUGAAGGUAUUGAAAAGAGGUAUGAAUGUGCCAACUUUGGGGACCAGGGUAUCACUGUGGGCUGCUGGGAUACCUACAGGCAUGAUAUCGACUGCCAGUGGAUCGACAUUACUGAUAUGAAACCUGGAGAUUACAUUUUACAGAUUGUAAUUAAUCCAAACUAUGAAGUACCAGAGUCAGACUACACCAAUAACAUCGUGAAAUGCAGAUGUAGAUAUGAUGGUCACCGUGUGUGGAUGUACAGCUGCCAUAAUGGUGGCUCAUUAAGCACGGAAACAGAGCAGACAUUCCCAGGCCUCCUCAAUAACCAGGUGACCCACAGGUAAAGACAGAGCCCAGGAGUUGAGUCGACUGGCCUGUCCUUUCAGCAGAAAGACCGUCUGAAGCCCACCGACCACUACAUGCCUCAUCUAUGUGGAUUCCUCCGAUCAGCCCUGCCCUGGUCAAACUAUCUGUUUUAAUGCUCCCUUCAUCCAUGAGGCAGUCGCUUUCUUUGACCCUCUACCCACCCGUUUCCCUCCAGCAGACAGAAUAUCUGAUUCCCCCUGCUGUCCGUGCAGCGGCAGCUAAGGCUUUCACAACACUUCCAACCUUUCUGGUUAAGAUCAAGAGAAUGGUGAAGCCCUGUGACAGAGAGAACUUUUUUCUUUUUAAUGAGUGAUUAAAACACUUGCAGCUUAGUGGCAAGCGUAUUACACAAGGUGCAGUAUCAGGGAAUGCCAUUACAAGUCUGUCUACUUUGAAAUGCAGCUUUUUAAAACAACCCUGCUGCACUGUUUUUCUUUUUUUGUGGAUUUUUUGUGUUUUUUAUUUCUUCCAAAGCUCUCCCUGAAGAGUUUGGUUUGUCGGUGCCAGGUCGCCUGGAGAUUGAGAGGAAUCAUCAACAGCAAGCACAGCAGCCUGUGUGGGGAAAUAUAUAUAUAGGCUAUUUUCUCCACUUUUUUAGCAGUUUCCAAAAAAGUAGCUUUUACACACUGAAGUUCAGAUAAACUAAGGUUCCUACUGAAGAUGUUAUUUAAGCUUUUUACUGAGUUUUUCUUUUUUUUUUUGUUGUUUGUUUUUUUUUCUCAAAUUAAGCUGUGGCAGAAGCAAUUUCUGCACAGCAAAAACAGCCCGUUCAUCACCAAUUACAAGCGCUAAUUACCUGAUUCGCCUGGAAGACUAAUCUACCAUGGCUGAAACGUGGCAUAUUAAAGUGCCUUAAAGUGCCCAAAGCCAUUUUAGCUCUGCAGACUGCAUUGACAAGAUUGUAGCCACAGAAGAAGAGUUGCACUAAAAGUCUGUGAAGAACCUGAAGAUGUUAUUUUAAGCAUGUUGAAAGAAAUCUGGAAAUAUUAUCUUUCCUAUUUAUAACAUGCGGCAAUAACUGCUUCUAAUAUGGGCUUUAUAUUUAAUAAACUUGCCAAGAGUAGCUUAACAUCCUCUGAUCAGCUUGUUUAUGCUGCCCUCUAGUGGUUCACAACUUUCCAGACAUGUACUGAAGUCAGUACACAUCUACAUCACUAUGAGCACACCCUAAGAAUUGUUGUCAAAAAAUAUAUGUGCUAAAGUAAAACAAAUUAAAUAACUCUUUAAAUGUAAGGCCUUUAAUCAUUAUUAUUAUUGUUACUAUUUCUCAACUCUAGGAGAGUUCUUCUUCCUUAGGUCUCAGUCACACAGGCCUAAAGACCAAUCAUCACCCCCCUGGCAACCCCCAGUCUCUAGGGAAAUAUGUGUUCUCUGACCAGUUGGUGAGUGGUUGCUGGAGGCUGGUGGCCGUCACUGGGUGAAACUGGUUGCACACAAGGUGCUGCAAUUAAAAAACCUACUUGUUAUUGCUUUGGUCGCUAAAAUACAGGAAGCUCUUAAUUAGUUUAGCUAAUAAGCUGUACUGAACCGUGAUUUUAAUAUGUACGUCUUUGUUGCAGUACUGCACCACAGGUUGGUUUGCACAUUGUUAAGAGACAGGAAUCCUGGUGUAUAAAUGUGUCUCAUAAAAAAUGCAAAACAUAGUAGAAACACAUUUUCAGUGUUCUGUUGUAAGCUCGUGCAACCAAAUUGUUUCCUGUCAUUAGCUCGUAAGCUGCAGGUACCUUACAUUCUGUUUUCCCUUUAAUCCCUCCAACCAUCCAUCCAUCCAUCCAUUCAUCCAUCCAUCCUCUUCUGCUUAUCGGCUACGAAUUCAAAUGUGACCAGGAAAGUGUUUUUAAGUGAUUAAAGAUUUUUAAUUUUAUAUUUUACUCCAGUGUGGCUUUAGUCUUCCAGUGCCAGUGGCACUUCUUACUUGAGGAUCAUAGGCCUGCUCUAUAGUAACGUGCUGUCAAAUUUCCUCUCACUGCUUCAUAUGCCGUCUUCACGAGACAACAGAAGAGCUGAUGUCCAUCCUGUGGCGGCACAGAUACCAUCCUCUAACAACAGAGAGAGAGAGCGUAUUCUUCCCUGUUUGUCAGUUCCAUAUAUGUUGUUUUUCUCUUUUGUUCUUUUGUACAAUGAUGUGUGAAUCCUGUUUUAUUUUAAUGGUGCUAUCAAACUGGUCCUCUGUUUUCUGAGGAUAUAGUACAUGUUGAACAGCUACAUGAAUAUAUGUAUACUAAUAGUAUACUUGAACUGAGUGUACAAAACAUUGUGUUUGUGUCUUUUCUCAUUACUGAUCUUGAUGCACCUCUUCUCAUGUAGUCCUCUUGGUUUUUAAGCUGCUGAUAGCUAAUAUUUUUAGGCCAGUGUUUGAUUGUGGAAUAUUCUUCCUGUCACAGUGGGAUGUUGAGUUUUGACAUAUAUUUAGUGCUGUCUUGCUGCUCAGUUCCGAAGCCUUGCAUCAGGAAAGUUUGUUACUUUGAAACACAGACUGGACGGUGUGCUAACAUCAGCUCUCUUUGGCAGCAUUCAGCCUGCGCCAGACGCAC